AUGGAUCUGACUGUCUAACUAAGUUAGAUGAAAUUUAUUAAAGGAAAUGACUUUCGCAAAAACUUGGUUGAUAAUGGACAUUUAGGACAAGGUAACAGUAGAGUUUAUAGUGUCUUAGUCAAUGGUAAAAUGUAUGCACUUAAAGUAAGAGAUUUCUUGUAUUAAGUAAGUCAUAAUCAAUUAAAGUAACAUUGAAAAUGAAAUAAAAAUCAUGCAAUAAUUGUCUCCAUCAGAAUAUGUUAUUAAUUUAAUAGAUUUUAUGAUAUUAGAAACAAUCUCGGCAGAUAAAUAUGCCUAAAGUUAAUAAUUUGCAUAUUUGUUAAUGGAAAAAGGAAAGCAAAAUUUAGAUUCAUAUAUAAAGGAUAGAAAGCAUUAUUUAGAGGUAGAGGAGUUGCAUAAAAUAUUGGAAUAACUAAUAAAUAUAUUUGAGUAUUUAUAACAAAAGAACAUUGCACAUAGAGAUAUAAAAUUAGAAAAUAUAUUGAUAAUGGAUCCUUUUUAAUUAAAAGCUUGUGAUGUCGGUUGUAGUUCAAAAAUUGAAACAAUUUAGACAAUAUGUGUUGUAGGUACAAAAUCAUAUUUGGCACCAGAAUUAUUGAAUGCAGAAACCUCGAAACUUAAGCAUAAUCCUUUCAAAAGUGAUGUUUAUUCUUUAGGUUUAUGCUUUUUAUAUUUAGUGACAUUAUAAUAAUGGAAUUUUAGGUAAAAAGUGAAUUCUUAAAUUGAAGAAGAAAUAAUAAUAGAUUAUAUGAGAUAUGUUUAACGUAUUACUGAAUCUGAUUAAAUAAUAUUGACCAUUUUAAAGAAAAUGUUAUAAAUCAAUCCUAAUAAUCGUCCUGAUUUCAUAGAGUUAAAGUCUCUUUUUUAAUAAUUAAAAGAAAAUUAGCCUUAAUAACUUGAACUUUCAAAAGGAAAUACAUUUGAAUCAUUUGAAUCUCCUAAAAAAGGAAUUUCAUAAUUUGAUUAUCUUUCUCCUGAUAUUAUAGGAAAUAGAGGUAGAAACACAGGAUCAAACUUUUAUUAAUAAGAGAGAUAGAAAUCAGCAAAAUAAAUUGCUGUUAAUUUAAGUAAUUAAAAGAAAUAGAAGUCAUCUACAAAUUUAUUAGUAGAUUCAAAUAGAAAGAGAUAAGCAUCGAAAUCUCCAAGAUAAUCUUCUCCAUCUAAUUUUUAAGCUAAGGAUAAUUAAUUUAGCAAUAAACCACCAUUUGCUAAUUCACUUAAAUUAACUUAAUCAACUAAGACAAGAUCAAUUAAAACACCUUCAUCUCCUAGUCAUAGUUCAUAAAAUUUAUAAUAAAGAUAGUAAUGGCAAUAAUCAAAAUUUUAUCAUUCAGUUGUAGAGUCUAAAAGAACACAUCCUGAAAGUUUUUCAUAGACUAUGCCAUCUAUUUAAAUGUUAGCUCCUGAAGAUCAUAAACCUUUAGAUGAUUUACUCUAUUGUAAUUAUAAUGAAAUUGCAGUACUUUAUUAGCAUCACAAUUAUAUUAGUUUAUAUUAAAAUAAUCAAAAUCAUCAUUAAACAAAAUGUGUUUUACCUCAUAAAUGUAAGAUUCUAAAUUUAAAACUUAAUAAUUAAACACCUGAAUUAAUAUUAUUAAAUUAAAAUGAUAUUUAAAUUCUUAUUUUAGAAAUUAUUGACGAUUCAAAUGAUAAUUCUAGUUAAAAAUGGUCAGAUAAUUUAAGUAAUAUGUAAUUUCCUUGCAUUACAUAGUUAGAAAUUAUUAUCCACAAUAAAAAUCCAUAGGUCAAUAAUAUUGUCUAAUUUUUAACAAAAAUCUAACACAUUCCUAAAGUUAGUUUGACUAUUGCCACAGAAAUUUCUGAAUAGGAUCAUAGAACAAUUAUGUGGAUAUUAAGUAAAUAUAAUUGUAUCUCUUUUGAAUUUAAGAUACCAAAAAUCAAAUUAAAUUACACUUAAACUUCUUAACUCUGGUCAUUUAAUUAAUCAUCUUUAGAAGAACUAAGUUUAGAUUAUGAAGAUUGCAGUUUAUAAUAAGCUUUUUCAUUAUUAGUUGCAUCCUUAAGAACUGUUGAUUUAAAAAAGUUUUAUUUCAAUUUAACUAAAUUACAAUCAAAAAAUACUGAAGUUAGUCUAUUUUUAGAAUAUUUAGGUUCUAAAUUAAGUUUAAAAGAUCUUGUUUUGAUUAUGGAUUAUAUAACUAAUUAUGAUAAGAUGGUUUAAGAAAAAUUAAAAAAUAAUAUUGGGAAAUUAAAAAAAUUAGAGAGACUACAAUUAUCUUUAGUAGGAAAUAAUAUUACCUUUGAUUUUUUAGAGAAAAUUUUUAAUCAAUUUGAAUAACUCACUUCUUUAAAAUUUAUUGUCUUACGCUUUGAUAGAAUAUUUGAAAAAGAAAAAAUAAAGGAAUUAAAAAAAUUGUUUCCAUUUAUAUCUUAAUUUACUUUAUAAUUUUAUGGAACAAAUACUACAUUAACAAUAAUAAUGCAUAAUAAUAAUGGUUUGUAAAAGUCUUAAGAUUAUGGUAUUACAAAAUGUAAUUAAGGAAAAUAAAUAAAAUUGAGUAAAAUGUAUUAUUGUAUCAAAUGUUCAAAAAUUCAUUCUUUUUUCCUUAAUCAUUUAUUUUAGAUUUGUAGCACAUGUGUAACAUAAUGUCAUUCUAAAUGUGAAAAUAAUCUUAAUAAUAGUAAUAAUGAGAUAACGACAUAUGGAUCUGAUUCUAUUGCUUAGAGUUAAAUAAUUGUGAAUGAAAUUAAAAAAAAUCAUACAUUUAUUUAAUCUUUUAAUUCACAUGAUUAUCGAUGUUAUUGUCAUUUAUUAGGAACAUGCACUCAAUAAAUACCAAAUAGAGAUAGAAAUAAAAAUUAAAUUCAAUAUAAGUAAUUAUUUAAACAAUUAUUUUAGUUGUAAAACUUGUAAGAAAACAUUAUGUCGUUUAUGCUAUUAGGACUGUCACUCUUAACAUUUAACUAAAGAGUUAUAUAUUAACAAAUUUAUAUGCCAAUGUGAAUGUGAUAAACAUGUCUGA